AUGUAUCUAUUUUUUUUUAUGUUUGAGUAUUACUGUGUGAAAGUUCUGAGUAUUAUCUAUCUAUCUAUUCAUAUCUAUCUAUCAUCUAUCUUAGUCUGUUCAUUAUAUUCGAAUCUAUCUAAGUUUGUCCAUUAUCUAUCUAUCUAUCUAUACAUAUCAGUCUUCUGUCCAUUAUCUAUCUUAUCUAUCUAUCAAAGUCUUAACAUUAUCUAUCUAUCUAUCCAUCUUCUAUUAUGGUCAAAGUCUGUCCAUUAUCCAUCCAUCUAUCUUUCAAAGUCUGUCCAUUAUGUAUCUAUUUCUAUCUAUCUAAGUUUCUCCCUUGGAUAUCUAUCUAUCUAUCUAAGUCUGUCCAUUAUUCUCUCCCUUAUCUAUCUAUUCAUCUAUUUAUCUAUCUAUUAUCUAUCUAAGUCAUCUCCCUUAUCCUAUCUAUCUAUCUAUCUAAUCUCUCCUUAUCUAUCUAUCUAUCUAUCUAUCUUGUCUGUCCAUUAUCUAUUCCAUCUAAGUCUCUUAUUAUCAUAUCAUCUAUUAAUCUAUCUAUCUAUCUAUCUGUCCAUUAUUAAUCAAUCAAAAUCUAUCUAUCUAUCUAUCUCAGUCUGUCCAUUAUCUAUCUAUCUAUCUAUCUAUCUAUCCUCGAUCUACCCAUUAUCUAUCUAUCUUUUCUCGAUCUGCCCAUUAUCUAUCUAUAUAUCCUCGAUCUACCCAUUAUCUAUCUAUCUAUCUAUCUAUCCGCGAUCUGUCCAUUAUCUAUCUAUCUAUCCUCAAUCUGUCCAUUAUCUAUCUAUCUAUCUAUCUAUCUAUCCUCGAUCUGUCCAUUAUCUAUCUAUCUAUCCUCGAUUUGUCCAUUAUCUGUCUAUCUAUCUAUCUAUCUAUCUAUCUAUCUAUCUAUCCUCGAUUUGUCCAUUAUCUGUCUAUCUAUCUAUCCUCGAUCUGCCUAUAAUCUAUCUAUCUAUCCUCGAUUUGUCCAUUCUCUGUCUAUCUAUCUAUCUAUCUAUCCUCGAUCUGUCCAUUACCUAUCUAUCUAUCCUCGAUUUGUCCAUUAUCUGUCUAUCUAUCUAUCUAUCCUCGAUCUGUCCAUUAUCUAUCUAUCUAUCUAUCCUCGAUCUGUCCAUUAUCUGUCUAUCUAUCUAUCCUCGUCUGUCCAUUAUCUGUCUAUCUAUCUAUCGUCGAUUUGUCCAUUAUCUGCCUAUCUAUCUAUCGUCGAUUUGUCCAUUAUCUGCCUAUCUAUCUAUCCUCGAUCUGUCCAUUAUCUAUCUAUCUAUCUAUCCUCGAUCUGUCCAUUGUCUAUCUAUCUAUCUAUUUAUCUAUCUCCUUCAUAUUAAUUUCUGCGUAUGA